AUGGACAAAGAACAGCAAUACGAACGUGUAUUCAGACAUCUGGACAAGAAUGGUGACGGGAAGCUAUCACCACCGGAGCUCCAAAUUUGCAUUGGAAAGAUUGGUGAGGAGUUGUCAUUGGAGGAGGCGGAGAUUGUAGCUGAGUUAAUAGACUCAGAUGGUGAUGGAUUAUUGAGCUUUGAUGACUUGGUUAAAGUGGUGGAAGGUGCAAAUGAAGAAGAAAAGGCGAAUGAUUUGAAGAUGGCGUUUCGAAUGUAUGAAGAAGUUGAGGGGUGUGGUUGUAUAACGCCCAAGAGUUUGAAGAGGAUGCUUAGCAAACUAGGAGAGUCGAGAAGUGUGGAUGAAUGUAAGUUGAUGAUCGCCAAGUUUGACCUCGAUGGCAACGGGUUCCUUGAUUUCGGCGAGUUUCAGGACAUGAUGUCAUGA